CGCUGCAAGGACAAGCUGAACUCUCUGGCCAUCUCGGUGAUGAACCUGUGGCCAGGGGUGCGCCUCCGGGUCACUGAGGGCUGGGACGAGGACGGACACCAUUCUGAGGAGUCGCUCCACUACGAGGGACGGGCGGUUGACAUCACGACCUCUGACCGCGACCGCAACAAGUACGCCAUGUUGGCUCGACUGGCCGUGGAGGCCGGCUUCGACUGGGUCUACUACGAGUCCAAGGCCCACGUGCACUGCAGCGUUAAGUCGGGUGAGAGACGGAGAGAGAGGGGGAGGGGGAGGGGGAGGGGGAGGGGGAGGGGGAGGGGGAGAGCAAGAGCGAGAGCGAGAGGGAGAUUGAACAAGCAUCAGAGAGAGACUGGAGGAUGGUGAAUGUAGCAGUAACACACUGUGAUGUCUGUUUCACUUAACUGCCACUAACGCAAAACAACAACCUCUCACUCUUUCUCGGGACACGAUAAUAGUGAAAAUAUGAAUAGUGAAUGAUUUGAUACACAGUGAAUGAUUUGAGAGGGUUUUUGACUGCCUUCACCUUAACUGGACACACACUGGACACACACUUAGCAGAGGAGGGACAGCAACAGUCCUCUAUCUUCCUUACUUGGAAAACCUAACACUGAACCACUUGAAGACGUCCUUCAACUGUGGCCACCUCGUCACUAUGGAUCAAAUCAAAAUGGAUGCCUGCUUUUUUUGUCACAGCUAGAGGGACAUACAGCCGCUUUGGGUGACUGACUUCCCAGCUUCUUUCCUAACCCCUUUACCGCAACUGUCUCUUGACACGUCUAUGAGCCGUCCUGCUUAAAGCUUACAUUUGGAUCAGUAGAGUGACUCACCAUUAAGGGAGAGGUAGCUACUGCAACUUUACGUGGUCCCUUACUUCACACUUACUCACUCCAACUUUAUGUGGUCACUCACCCACUCACUCACUCACUCACAAACCCCCUUUUGCUAGAAAUGACUCCCUUAUGUUAGUGGCAUGCUAUGCUGAGGCAGUAUGUGUUGGUGCGCAGCAUUGCUUCAGUUUACUUUGUGUCUCUCUUCUGCUUUUUUUUCCUCCCAUUGAUGUAGCCUCAUUGAUGUAGCCUCAUUGAUGUAGCCUCAUUGAUAAAGCCACAGACGUUAGUAGUGUAGCUAAGCGAUGACCCUUGUUCAGGACUGAUUUGGUUGUUAGGGGAACGGUAUAGAACACAGAACAGAAUAACUAGAAUAGAACACAACAGAGCAGACAGAUCAAAUCAAAUCACAUUUUUAUUUUUCACAUGCGCCGAAUACAAUGGGUACCGUGAACUGCUUAGUUACAAGCCCUUAACCAACAAUGCAGUUCAAGAAAGAGUUAAGAAAAUAUUUACUAAAUAAACGAAGGUAAAAAAUAAUAAAAUCUCUCUUCCCUUGUACUAUGUGGUGCCUGAAAUGCUCUUUUCCCUCUGUCCUCUCCAUUUGUUUUCCCUCUGUCCUCUCUUCAUUUAUUUUCCCUCUGUUCCUUCUCUUUCCUUCUUACCCAGAUCGGGUUGCGAGUCACCAGUCCUUGACUUGAUCGGAAGACGGCACCGGGCACCAUCUUUUUAUUUUUUAUUUUUACUGAAACUGCAAACUGUGAAAAAGAGAAACCACUCAAGAAAGACAUCUCUUCGUAGACCAGGAAGUCUAAUCUGCUGCUACAAGUGACAUCAUAAUAUCAAGGCUUCCCUAAAACUCCAUUGUAACACUCACUGAGUGGGGGACCCAAAAACUGACACCAAUAGAAAGAGCCCACAAGGGGGCACUACCCAACCAGACCCCUACUAAAUUCAGGACUGGAAAGGUGAAUGUUGAAAGAUGGCUCAGUGUGACAAAACAAGAAGAAGAAGAAAGAUUGACCAAGAAAAUGUAGGGUGAAAUUGCCCCUAGCGCUGAUCUUGGGUCAGUUUUGUAUUUUCCCCACAAAUGGUUAAGUUUAGGAUUGGGGGAACGGAAGCUGAUCCUAGAUCUGUGUCUAGGGAAAACUUCACCCCUGAGCAACCAAGUACAUGGCAUGUUACACCAUACAUUGGAGAUAAUUGGGAGAUGAUGUGGAGUUUGAGGUUAUGUUGGUGCAGUGGGCGGAGUCUUGGUCCACAGAUGAUUAACCUGAACAUUCUCUUUCACACUUCCUGUUUCUCCGAUCACUUGGCUGGACCUGGCCUUGGUCCUACCUUGCCCAAAUAUUUGUGUAGACAGACUUGAGACAGUCCCAAUGUACCACAUCAAGUUCAGCACCUUAAAACACAAAUGUACACACACUGACAUACACACACACUGAGGGACGGAAGCACACAGCCGCAGGGGCAUGCACGUACACACACACACACACACACACACAAAUUCAAACAGCAGCUUUAAUCUUUCAGCCAGCUUUUGUUCUUUUCUGUGGAGUAGGCGGAAAUAAAGAUGCUAAUAUUUAGUUAAAGGGCGGAAUAGAUUUGCUAUGUGUGUACCUGUCCACCACACAGAAUGCAUUGUUUCACAACCAUGCUCUCUCUCUCUCUCUCUGUCAGAGCACUCCGUUGCCGCUAAAUCAGGGGGGUGUUUUCCGGGAGGGGCGUGGUUGACCCUAGAGGAUGGGGGUCAAAGGUUGAUCCAGGACCUGCAGCCGGGUGAGCGAGUCCUCGCCUCUUCAGGGAGCGAUGGCAGCGGAGAGCUCGUUUACAGCGAGGUCCUCACCUUUCUGGACCGCGACCCCGCAACCCGGAAGGAAUUCUACACCAUUGGGACCGAAGGCGGGGUUGGCCUGUCACUCACCGCUGCCCACCUGCUGUUCGUGUCCGAGGGAAACUGCUCUGAAGGGGCAGAGCCAACUCCUGGUAGUAUGAGGACGAUAUAUGCCAGCGACGCGCGGCCGGGACAGUGUGUGCUAACCACAGCGGCUGGGGAGGAGGGGAGAAAAGGCGUGGGGCGUCUCUCGCGCAUCUCCCGGGUGAGUGUGCAGGAGGACAAGGGCGUGUUUGCGCCCCUCACCCGCCAUGGGACACUGUCGGUGAACGGCGUGGUGACGUCGUGCUACGCGGUGGUGGACGGGCAUGACCUCGCCCACUGGGCCUUCGCCCCACUCCGCCUGCUGCACCGUUGGACCGGCUCCGCUGGCGGCCAUUUUGGAGACACCGGGGUCCACUGGUACUCCCAGUUGCUGUACUGGAUAGGCAGUCUGCUGCUGGACUCCGGACAUUUCCAUCCCUGGGGACUGGCUGACCCAGGGAGGUGA